GGCGGUAGAAUAGUGGAAUAGAAAAAGAAAGCAGAAGGAGAAAAAUGUCCAUGUGAGUUAGCUCGCUCCACUUCCUUCUUCCUUCCCCAUGAGAGGGAUACGUCAGAUGUUGAAUAGAUGCUGAGUAACGGGACAAUAGCUGUCGACGCCAUACGCAAUGCCGAGGGCGUUAGUGAGCACCUUGGUUCGUCGUUCGGAACCCUUGACCGUCCGCCGAACAGCGAGCAAUAUCUGUAUGCUAUAAUUCUUACUCCCCCUCGUGACUUAAUUAAUCUCAAGGGGUCAUUUUCUUGCUCCGUCUGCUAACUAUUGAAUAGUGGAUCGUCGUGCAGUGGCUACUCAUAUAGAAAAGAAAUAAAUUUGUCGCGGUUGUCCACAAAUUCCAUGUGUCGGACAGCGCGGCUGCUCCCUAAUGGCCAGCCAUCUGGAGAGGGCCCCCUUCCAAUUCUUAACUCCCCCAUGCCCUACUCGAAUGUGGGGCGAAUAGGGGGGAUAAGGAAAGGGAACAAAGAGGAUCGUCCACGGUGUUUGGCAAAUUCUCGGCCAUAGAUCCCGAGAACUAGUCAUCAGCAACAACGAGAGAAGCCAAGUAGUCUUCUGGGCUGGCUGUGUCCGCCAUCCCUGAAGGGGGCGAAGGAAAAGAAAAAGAAAAAGAAAAAGAAAAAGAAUGAGAAAAGGUUUCUCGCAUUGGAUCAGUUUGCCAACAUAGAAGGGGUAUGGUCUCAUAAUCUUUCAGGAUAAUGUUUAUUUUUAAAGAAAGAGCGAGAAAUAAAAAUGCGGUCCAGUAUGAAAAAAACCUAUCACCGACAUCCCCUCCACCUCAUGAAAAGUUGAAAACCUCCGGUUCUAGCAACCAAUCCCAACGCCAGCGCUGAUACACGAAACAGGAUACCUGUUUGCGCGAGUACAUAUACCAAAGGAUCGAUCGACACCUGAAGGGAAUAAAAUUAUUUGGGUCAACUCAAGCCCACGUGAUAAGAUCAUGGAACUGGACUAGAUACCAUCGGGGUAAAGGGGGGAGGGGGGAAGUGAUAAAAAAGUGACAAAAUAUAAGAUGGUAACAAACCUUCCACCACGCUCAAGAGAAGCCGCUUAGUUCUUGACGCCUUAUGGUGAUGAGCUCGGCACCUCACUCUGCGUCUCGUCUCGUCAUCUCACUCCUUUUCAUCCUUCGUUCCUCCAUUUCCUUUCCCCAAAGCUCCAGCACCGCCUCUUUCUUCCUAUCUCUAACGGCCCGUUCGAUUUCGUCCGCAAGUUCCGAAAGGCCUUGAUAUACUUCUUGUUUUCUUCCUUCCCAUUGUUGCUCUUCUUCUUGGUCACCCUCAUCCUCCCAGGAGUCCUUCCUUCGCGCCAUCUCGUCCUUAAGCGCGAGGGUCAGCUCCCUUGUCAACGCCUCCAUUCGGUCGUAGCGGCUCUUCCUCUCCUGUUUGCUUAGUCGUCUCGGAGCUUUCUGGGCCGAUUGCCCUCCCGAGGUUGACCUUGAGGCUGUUGAGUUUUUUCUAGAAAGGAAACUGAAAGGAGGAGGAGGAUCCAUAGGGGGCCAACAUGGAUCUCAGUUCACAAGCAAUUAUUUGACAAGAGGGGUUUGAACGGCUUUAAAAUAGCAAAAUCUCGGGCUUUGAUGUGAAAAGACGAGUUCCUAAUAUUUGCAAACGGAUGUUCUUGGAGAAGUUGGACUGGAAGUAUGUCAGGUGCUGUUGCCCCAGGUCCGUGGAGGGGAAAGGAGGGGAGAGAGGACGGAGGAUGUGGGAGUGAAGGGUUGGUAACAGAGCAAGUCAAGUGCGGGGUGAGCUGACGAAUUUCGAACGUGUUCGAACGCCAGAGCAAGAUCUGAGUGAUUUGUCUCCAAACCUUUACAUAUCGUCAAUCGGGAUUUCGACACCACUAGAAGAUUCGCGAACCGAUACCCAAGGAUCGUACAGACGAAGCCCCCCAAUUUUUCCGAGAGUCCUGAGGCACCUUUCGCGAGUUUUCAGCCACAACCUAGUGCUGGGUUAUCCCCGCCUCUCGCAGCCUUCACCACUACUACUGCUGACCAAACGAAACUGAUCCUUUUCCUUUUGUUUGGGAAGCUUCUUUUCCUUAUUUGCCACUCUAACCGGGUCAUUUUCUCCCUAUUUUGCAUCUUUUCACCUGUUACUUUUCCUAUUAGAUACCUAGAAAAGGGUAGUCUGCUGCUAUGGAAAAGAUUCCACUCAACGGAAGAGAUACUUGGGGGGUAGAUAGAAUGCAAGAAGAAAAGUACAAUUUCAUG